AUGGAUAGAUUUGAAGAAGACUUCUUCUAGUAGAGUUUUAAUUUCGAAUUACAAAACGAAACUCUAUAAUUUGCUGAAAUUAGUUCUGAAAAUUUAUGUCUGCGGGCCUCUAGUGAAAACAAUUCUAUAGAAAUUUGCAAAAAUUCGCAAAUGGAAUCAAUAAUAGAAUGCUAGUCUUAGGUCGUAGCUGAGAAUUAUAGCAAUUAUAGAAAAAAUGAAUAAUCAUAAUUGUAGAAAACGAAUAAAAAAUCAAAUUUUUUCAUUUCACCUUUGAAAGGGAUAUAAAAAUGCCUUAAUCCCAUGAGUUUAUAUUCAAAGAAGGUGAGAUUUAGAUCAUCAGAUAAAAUGACAGGAAAAAGAAAACCUAAAAAAUACGAAAAUACAGCGAUUAGGAAUUAAAAAAAUAAGUACUUUUGA